AUGGUUCCAUUUGACCAACAAUAUUUUGUCGAAAAAGAAAGAAACAACAAAUACGAAUGGCUUAUAUUUAUUCUUACGUUAGUUAUACUAGGCAUACAUGGUUUACUAUUCCACUGGAUUCCAAGAUACCUUCGAUUGAAAAGACAAAGUACAGGACUCACCCACGACAAGUAUUUUGCCUUUAUCAAACAAUGGGAUAGUUUUACUUCUUGUAAAUAUUUCACUAUAUUCAAUAAAAGGUUCUACUACCAGCCAAGUUUAGUCCUAUUCUGUUUCGUUUUUGUUGGGGUUAAUAUUGGGUUUUGUUUUGCUGAGAUUAGAGAUAUUGAUUACCAAGGGUUCUUGUAUGCCAUUUCUAAAAGAAUAUCUCGUAUUGGGGUUGGUAAUUUGCCCAUUUUGUUAUUAUCGGUAAUGAAGCACGAUUUGCUUACUCAGUUUUCGGGGUUCCAAUUUGAUCGAUUGGAAUUUUUACAUAAAUGGUUAAGUAGAUGGAUGUGGUUAAUGAUUACUGUGCACUUGUCCUUGGGUUGUUACUAUUGGUUAACCAACAAUUUCUUAAUCAUGAUUAUUAUCCCACCCCAAAUCUUUGGGUUUAUGGCUUACGGAAGUUUGUUUUUGUUAACCUGGACCAGUAUGAAGUUUAUUCGUCAAUGGUGUUUUGAAUUUUGGCUCGUGCAGCAUCGGGUGUUUGCAUUCAUUAUGUUAUUUAUGUCAUUUAUUCAUAAUACUGGUAACCGUGCUGUCGUCUUGGUUUCAGUGCAUGGAUUGGUUAUUGAUCGUGUCUUGAGUAAAGUGAUGGCUCAUGUUCAUAAACACUACUCGCCAACCAAAUGCAAAAGUACGUUUGGAAUUUUGGAUUCCGGAACGAUUGAAGUCACCAUCCCUAUAAGGGAAGAAGGUUAUAUCGCUGAUAGAUGGUAUAACAAAUUGUUUGGUUUCAAGAAUUGGAAAGCAGGUCAACACGUUUAUUUGAAUGUGCCCAAGAUUAAAUGGUUAGAGUACCAUCCUUUUACUAUUGCAAGUUUGGCCUCGUCGAAUGAAAUGAAGUUGUUGGUUAGAGUUCAAAAGGGAUUCACAAAGAAGUUGUUGAAGUACUUGGCAGACGUAGAUCACGAUGAGCAUGAAGAUGACUUGGUCAGUAUCAAAACAAUGUAUCAUGGGCCAUAUGGUGCCGUACACCAACCAUUUAUUUCAUUUGAUCAAUGUGUAUUCUUUGGUGCUGGUUCCGGUGCUGCAUUCACUUUCCCAACUUGUUUGGAUCUUCUCCAACAAAUUGAAGCAAAAGAUGAAGCACAAGACUUUUUAUUCCGUCCAGCUGCACCCAAGAUUAGAUUUGUUUGGGCAAUAAAAAAUUUGAAGAAUAUCAUUUGGUUUAAACAUAUAUUUGAUCAGUUGCUCACCUACUCGGCUCGAAAUAAAUUGAUUAUUGAUAUUUACGUCACUCAAGAAAAUGGCGCCGGUAGUAGUUGCAGCUCUAUUGAAGAGUGCCAAAUUGAAAGUGAACCUAAACUCGAUUCAUCCCUGUCUAGUGAUGCCGUAUCGUUUGAGUUGAAUUCGAUUGGACUGAAUCUGAAACCACUCAACAAGAAUAAUAUAUAUGGUGAUGACAGUAAAGGGCAAAGCAUAGACAAGGAGCAAACAGUAAUAACAACGUCUACUGCAACAACAAACUCAGGAAACAGUUCAAGCAGUCACAACAAACACAAAUCAGAUACAAUUGAAGUCGAGUACGAAUUCACUGAAAACAAACUAUAUAAUGUCUUUUACGGACGCCCCGAUAUUGGUACUAUAAUUCAAUCACACUCAAAUGAACUUUCCCAACAAAUGGCUGAUAGCAAAACAUACAAAUCGUUGGCGAUUGCUUCUUGUGGGCCACCAUUCUUCGCAAACUUGAUCAAAGAGCAAUGUCAAGUGGCAAGACGGGUAAAGGGCUCUCCUGAUGUUUAUUGUUAUACAGAAUCAUUCUAA